CUUCGAGGAAAAAAUUGAAAAGGUGAUGGUCUCCUAUUUUACGAGAUGAAUUAGGUUGGAUAGAAAUGAACGAUGGCCUGGCGGCUUUGGGUGCAGCACUUGUAGCCGGCGACUGAGAGAGUUGACGUAGAACAGGGAAUCGUUGCGGUGGUGACAGGGGAGCUGCCGGAGGUGGGACAAAAAUUCGGUGGCUGGGGCGAACAUUUGGGCGAGAACUAUUCGGGAUAGCCAGGGGGUGAGGGAAUUCGGUGCUGCGAGAGGCGAUCGGCGCCGGAUUUGAUAGCGGUGAUAGAGGCAGUAGGAAACUUGUUGGUUAUAGUGGUUGGACGGAGCAAUUUUUGCGUUCAAGGUGGUUUAUGCUACACUUCGGAUUUGCCCCAUCAAAUGUUGAUUUCACGAACUAAAGACUUGCAACGCCGACGCCUAGAUCCUUUUCGGACGUAAAUUUGUAACUAUUGGUGAGAUGCAAGAUCCAAGGAUUCCUGUGCCAGAAGAAAUCUUGAAUCCUAAAUCACGUAAGAAGAAGAGCUCAACCCAGAGAGCAUCUUUAUUUCAGCUACAAGGGAAUAAUGUCAAAGAAGCACAGGCACCUCUGCCACUAAAAUCAGGACACAGGGGUUCCAAGAGAAACUUGAUGACUGAGAUAUCACCCACUUUUCAGAAACCAGAGGGUUCAAACUCAGAUUCACUGCCAGACUCCUCUUCGGCUGGAAAUGAUUACCGAGCAUUGAGGCGAAAGUAUCUAAUGCUGGAAGAUGAGAGCUUUGCAUUAGGGAGAGAGCUAAAAGAGGUUGAAGACGAGGUAAAGACACUUGAAGAUGAGAAGCUUGUACUGCUGGAUCAGCUUGUUGUGUUGGAAGGCCUCGUGGAUCCUUCAGAGAUGCAGCCUAAUUAGGUUUUAUGAAUUGCAAUUGUCUAGAAUGUUUGUAUAUGGUCUUCAUCUUCCAAUAGAGCAAUCCAUUUGUUAUGAUAAAAUGCCUGAAUAGGCGCCGUUUGUAUAGCUCUUUAGAAAUUGAAAGAUAAAAAAUUACGUUUGUAGAAAUCAGACAAGUAAUUUAUGCUUGAAGUCUGAACUCCUUUGUUACUUUUCA